AGAGGUUUCACUUCUUCAAUCUGUCCUCUGUGGGCAGAGAGGAGAGAAUGAUCAAAGCAGAGUUUCGUUGGUUCCGAAAGAAACAGAAGUUUUACCUCGGAAAGUCAUUUGGGCCUCAUUUCUACAAGGUGGAUCUGUACGAGGUUCUGGACAGCCGAGUGAAGCCAUGGAGAGGAAACCUCAUCACCUCCAGACUGGUGCCUCUGCACACGCAGGGAUGGGAAGUCUUCAAUUUCACUCAAACGGUGUCAAAGUGGAUCCGAAACAGCCAGGAGAAUAACGGCAUCCUGGUGGUGACCACGCUGCCCUCUGGGAGCUGGAUGGAGUCAGCGAGGUCUCCGUCAUCCAAGAGAAGCGGAGAGCUGAUGGACACCAACGCCUACCUCGUCCUCUUCUCCGACGACUGGAGGACGGGAGCGUCAAACCAGUCGUUCCUGGGUCAGCCUCACCCUGCGGCCCCUGAGUUAAACGAUCAUCACAGCAGGAGGCGGCGAGCGUCUCCAGGUAGAUAUAUACGAUAA